UGUAUGUCAAAGUUCGCCCAUCGAUAAGCAUUAUUUUUCCAACUAAAGGAGAACUCGUUCUGAUCAUCAAGUCGUUCGACUAUAUUCGAUUUUUGUUUGGCAUUUGGCGAAGUGACAGAGGACUUAGCGGUAAGGAAUCAAGAAUGGACCACAUGGAGUACGAUCGUCGCGAUGUCCAGGCAGCGGGAUUCGGGUGGUCCCUGGGUGGUGGCGAUGCGGACAAUAGUGCCCUGAUGCGCCGCACCACCAACGUGGUGGUGCAACGUCAAAGUCAGCGAACCGAGUUGGUGGUUGGAUCUUCAGUGGCGGAGCCUUCCCGCCCGAUGAGGCCUUCUAGCCAGGUGGCCCAACCAACAGGCCACAGCCUGGGAUCGUCGCAGUUGGCUGCCUCAUCCUCGUCCACAUCGGCAGCUCCAUCGCAGUCCAUCGAACAUGGAAGACCCAAUCAAGUGGUGCGCUUUUGCCUGCGCAUGGGCUACAAUGCUCUUCUUUAUCCCUACGAGUUUGCCAAGGUGCUGAUCCAACUGGGCCACGAGCCGCUCCAGGCGCAGCCCUUCUACCUGCCGCUGCUCGGCGGGCGACCACGCCUCUUCCUGCCCGGCGUCCAUCGGUAUGUGCAGCACAUCCAGCAGGUGGAUGGCUACGUGGGGAUGUAUCGUGGCUUGACCGCUCGUCUGGCCGCCUGUACAGUGGACUUUCUAUUGGGGGACGUCCUGCUGGCCAUCCUACGCUUUGGUCCCUACAAAAGAGAGGCGGGAGAGGAAGUUAGCCUGAAGGAGUUCUGGUGGAAUCUAACGAGGGACAGCAUCCGUUUGGCCACCGCAGUGGCACUAUCGCAACCAUUUUAUGUGGUAAUGGUCCGCCAGAUAGCCCAGUUUGUGGGUCGCGAACGUGUGUACGAGGGAGUGCUGGACAGUUUGGUGCUGCUCGUGAAGAUGGAGGGAUUUGCGGGACUCUAUGCCGGCAUUGUGCCACGCCUACUGGGCGAAUUGGUCGUCCUGGCCGCCACCAGUUGUGUGAGCCAUCUGUGCCGGCGACUGUUGCCGAUGAGCCGCCCCCAGCAGCAGUACAAUGCGGCGAUCAUCCAGAUGCUGGCCAGCCUGCUGAUGUACCCGCUGGAGGUGACCUCCGCCUGCAUGGCGGUGACUGGAGCACCGCUCUCCGCCUGCGAGCCGCCGAGCAUGCCGCUCUACCACCACUGGGCCGACUGCCUCACGGAUCUCUACGCCCGCGGAGGCCACAAUCGGGGGGCCAUCCUCUUCUGGCGCACGGUGCCCAGGAUCCAGUUGCUGCGACGCCAGGAUGGUCAACUGUCCACGCCGGGAUUCUGAAGGGGUGAGCUAAGAUUCUGGAAGUUUGGAAGUACACAGGGUGGUGAAAUUGGGAGGAGGUGAAAAAAGAAGGGAGAUUGGAAAGGCGUGGAAAGCAGUUGCAGUGAAUGGAGAGUUAAGAAGUGGAGAAUAGGAGCGCAUAUUGAAAGUUGGAGAAUGGAAUGACACAAAGCCAAGUAGUGGAAACAAAUGUA